AUGUUAGAGGCUCUCAAUUUCCCUGGGCAGUUUAUUGGCUGGAUUAUGGAAUGUAUUUCUACCCCUUCCUUUUCUCUUAUUAUUAAUGGUGGCUUGCAUUAUUUUUUUAAGGGUAAGAGGGGCAUCAGACAGGAAGACCCUAUUUCUCCUUUGAUGUUUGUUCUUGUCAUGGAAUAUUUGUCUAGGCUCUUGAAGAAGGUUGGUGGGCUCAGGAAAUUCAAAUUCCAUCAGGGCUGCAAGAAGUUAGGUUUGACUCAUCUAGUCUUUGCUGAUGAUCUUAUGUUGUUUGGCCAUGGUGAUAAACAGUCUUUCUCCCUUCUCAUCGGAGCUCUUAAAACUUUUGAGAAAGUUUCAGGGCUUAUAGCUAAUUCUGAAAAGACAGUUGUGUAUUUUGGUAGUAUGGAGGAUAGUAUGAAGCAAGAAAUUUUGGGUAACACUGGUUUUAUUGUUGGGUCUUUCCCUUUCAGAUAUAUUGGCAUUCCCCUCAAUGCUAAGUACAUGAGGAUCUCUGACUUUGACAGUAUUAUUGAUAAAAUGCUUGCUAGAAUUACUUGUUGGUCUAGUAGGAAUUUAUCCUAUAAUGCCAGGAUCACUCUUAUAAAUUCUGUUCUUAUCAGCUUGCAUACCUACUGGGCUCAAUGUAUCCUCAUGCCUAAAGGAGUUAUCCAAAGGAUUACUCAACUUUGCAGGGCUUUCCUGUGGAAUGGAUCUGCUGUGCUUGGUGGUGCCCCACCUAUUGCUUGGGAUUGGGUUUGUAAACCCAAAAGGUUUGGUGGCUUGGGGAUUAGGGACUGUAACAGAUGGAAUAAGGGAGCUUUAGGGAAGUAUGUGUGGAAAAUAGCUAAGAAGGAGGACUCUUUAUGGGCUUAUAGCCCCAACAGAAGUGAUGGCUGGGCUUGGAGAAGACUUUGCUCUGUGAAGACUGAUCUACAGCAAGGGUUUGAGGCUGGUAAUUGGACUAGCAGAAAGUAUAAGAUCAGUGAAUGUUAUACCUGGUUACAGGGAGCCCAGACUAAGGUGAUCUGGGAUAAAUGGGUCUGGAACAGGUUCAAUAGCCCUAAGCACACUUUCAUUUCUUGGCUGGCAGUGCAAGAAAGACUCAAAACCAUAGAUAGGUUGUCCUCUUUUGGCUGUAAUCUGGAUACUAGGUGUUUAUUGUGUGGGGCUGCUUCUGAAUCUCAUAAGCACUUGAUUUUUUAUUGUCCUUACUGUCUGAAAACAGUCACUACUUGGCUAGGUUUCUCUGAGAAACACUUUAAUCUGAUAGCCUCUUGGAAGCACUGUUACAGACAGGGGAAUGAUUUGGUUCAAAGAAAGAUUUUUGGAGCUACUCUGGCUGCUUGUGUUUAUUAUGUUUGGUUUGCUAGGAACCAUGCGCUCUGGGAGAAGGCUGUGAUCCUUCCUAGACAGCUGUGCAAAUCAAUUUAUCUGGAAGUUAUAAGACUGUGUUCCUGUGUUACUGAGCAGCAGGGGUUCUGGUCUGUGUUUUCUCUUAUUUUGCUGACUGUUUCUGUCUCUGUCAGGGCAUUGCUAUGCGUUGCUGGUUCUGUUUUGGUUUUGAUGAGUUCUUGUGGUGCUGUGAUCCUGAUUUAUGAGAUGUUGAGGAUCUGCUUUUGUGGGCCUGGUGUCAGACCUGGUGCUGUAGGCUGCUGUUCUUUCCUGCUGGUGUAG